CGUAGCGUCCGGUGAAUGUGCCAGGUGACCAUUCCACCAUCAGUGGCAAAUCAGUAGCUUUAAUGGAAUGGUGCUAUUUGUGUAAUCGUGUCAAGUGCUAGGACCUGCCACCUGAAAACACCCACUGUCACGCAGAAGAUAUGACACAAAUGACGGGCCUCUGUGGCUCAGUAUUUCUGCUUCCAGCAUCAUGGAUCAUAACUUGGCUGAGCAUAUCAAGCACAACUUUGGCCUUCAACCUUGAGCCAGAAUCUGCCCAGAUUUUCACUGAUCCAACGGUUAACCAGCUAAACACAGGCCGCCAGUCUUACUUUGGAUUCUCAGUGGCUCUGCAGAGGAAUGCUCUCAGCAAUUCCAACUGGCUGGUUGUUGGCGCACCCAGGGCUAACUCCAGUAUGUACAUACCAACUCAAAUAACAGAGCCUGGAGUCAUCUUUAAAUGCGACCUGCAAAAAGAUAAAACCCCAUGUCAAGAACUACGAAUUGAUCAAACAGGAAAUCAGCAGAGCUUGUUGUACCAUGACCUUAAGAAUUUUGGUUGGCUUGGAUCAUCCCUCGAUUCUCAGCCUUCCCGUGAGGACAACAGACAAGCUACAGCAACAUGUGCUCCUCGAUGGAAGAAUCAGUACUUUACCUCGCAGAGUCUCAUGAAUGGAGUAUGCUACUGGCUUAAUGCUUCACUCCCAGAUGCCCCAUCUCACAAAUUACUACCACUCCUCAAUUAUGACAAGCAGACAUUUCAGACUUUUCGCAGCAGCGUGUACUUUUACUCACACGGACAGGCAGGAAUGUCUGUCCACUUUCCAGACAGCCAAAACGAAAUGAUCAUUGGUGCUCCAGGCCUCCUCAAUUGGCAAGGUUCAGUUAUCCUCCUUAGAGAUAGCGUUCCCUUCCCUAAUGUGAAUACUUUUCGUCAGCCUACAGCAUCAGAAGACACGAUGUUUAAGUCUGCCCUGGUGCCUAAUCCUUACUACACAUACAGCACCGAAGACUUUGAGCUCACUGGAUAUGCUGUGACUUCCGGCAGAUUUUUCAACAAGAAUCAGCUACUUUAUGUCACAGGAGCUCCUAGGGGAGCAUCUAUGCAUGGCAAGGUGCUGAUAUUUUCCUUUCCAGACAAUGAAGUCCAGAGUCUAAAUAUCUGGGUUGAGUGGAGAGGAAGUCAACUUGGAGAAAACUUUGGGGCUUCCCUUGUUACUGCUGAUGUGAAUGGAGAUGGAUUAAGUGACCUCAUCGUUGGAAGUCCAACAUACUCUGAGCCAAACAAGCCAGACACUGGAAGGAUUCAAGUUUUCAUUGGCACGACAGAGGGCAAUAUCCUGAAGAUAAGUAGUCAUUCAGGUUCAUCACAAUCUCUUGCAAGAUUUGGCACCACUCUGGCCCCUUCUGGAGACAUAAAUCAUGAUAGUUAUGAAGAUGUAGCUGUUGGAGCCCCUUGGGAAGAUGAUGGUAGAGGAGCUGUAUACAUUUACCUAGGAUCAAUUUUUGGUCUCAGAAAGGAAUUCUCCCAGCGUCUCACACCAGAUGACUUCCCCAGUUAUCCGCUAAGAGGUCUUGGCAUGUCAAUAUCAAGGGGUAUUGACAUUGAUAAUAAUGGUUAUCCAGAUCUAGCAAUUGGAAGCUUUAUAUCUGGACAUGCCCUGGUCUUGAGGUCUCGAACAGUUGCAUCAAUAAAAGGACACUUGGAGUCUAAUCCCCCAGCCUUGCAACUUGAUACAACAGAAUUCUCACUCACUGCCUGCAUUAUUUACACCGGCUACAAGGUUCCAGCUUCUGUUGAUGUUCCUUCACUACUCACUUUGGACUAUGGACAUCAUGCACCCAGGGCUUCCUUUUCGGAUACGAAGCGAACAGUGAAGAAUGUUACACUAAAAGCCACAAUAGAAAGAGUGGAAUGCAAAACAUUCCAAGUCAGUACUGAGGCAAACAAAAUCAAUCCCAGACGACCCAUCAUAGUGAGCUUUGAAUAUGCAAUUCCUGAUAUUCCUGGACGGCAACUGUAUCAACCCAAGACUGACAACACAGAGCCACAGAGCUUCACCUACCCCAUUCGUAUUGUGACUGACUGUGAGGACAAUGGAAAUAACAUAUGUGAGAUUGAUUUACACGUUGAAGCUGACUUCAGAAACUUCAGGGAUGAUGAAAACCUUGUGAUUGGAGGAAUAAAGCGACCUGAACUUGAGAUUUCUGUUAGUAAUUUAGGAGAGUCAGUAUUUCUACCAAAUGUCUCAAUCAACGUGCCAGAGCCUUUCGUCCUGUUCAUGCCCAUUUCCCACAGCUGUCAAUUUGCCAGCAAAGGUAGCAGAUCACACCUUGUUUGCCAGCUGAAAAACCCAAUUUUGAGGGAUAAUAAGGAUACAUUAGUAGUCAUAAUUGACCCAAGCCAGAUCACAGAUGCCACACAAUCAACAACUCUGACAGUUAAUGUGGAAGCAGCAGGAGAAGGAACAGAAAUUCAAGCACGAGACAAUCGCAGGAGUACAGAUAUUCAAUUGUUAGCAGAUGCUGAGCUGAAACUCCAAGGGUAUUCGCGUGCUGAGCAAAUCCUCUACCCGCGGCUGGAUGAGAACACAAUUGACACUAAUGAACCUACAGCAUCUUUCACUCACUAUUACUCACUGGUGAAAUCAGGGCCAACUCCAAUUGAAAGAAUCGAAUUUGUUAUUGACAUCCCAGUAAACCUUACUGGAAAUGUGAACUUCAUAACAUUAUACACCCCAGAGACAAAUUUCUUGGACCAGCCCUUCUUUUGCAAUAUUGAAGGUGCAACUCCAAAGGUACGACAAUUUAGAAAUGGUGAACGAGGCAGUGACACGGACACCCUUUUACCAACUGAAGUUUCUGUAGCUUCAAAAGUAAAGAGAAGUACCAAAACCCUGCUGUUUGAGUCCAAUAAGGAAGCUGCAAUGCACCAGAACUCUACUUAUGACAAACCACAAGUAUUUUCCUGUGCAAACAGUGAUGUAUCAUGUGCUAAAGUAAGAUGCCUCAUCAAUUCCUGGCCAGGAGAGUCCAGAUCUGCAAGUUUUUCUAUAAGAAUGGAGGUUAACUUUGUAAAUUUAGCUAGUCAUAUGUCAGCUCGUGUGGGUGCCAGUGUGAUGAGUACGGCCAGAGCUUCAAUCAUUUCUUUAAAUCCAACGCUGGUUUUUCAGGGAAACAAGACCACUUCAACAGCUAUAGAGACUAUCCUUGUCCCUCUCAGUCUGCCUGAAAAACAAGUGGCUUGGUGGAUCAUCUUGCUAGCAGUUCUGGGUGGACUACUACUGCUUAUCCUCCUGGCUGUGGCACUAUACAAGUUUGGGUUCUUCCGACGCAAAAAGCAAGAGGAGAUGAAGGCGCACAGAGCUCAUGUGGAAUCACAAUCAGGGUAUGGAGCUACAACAAACGGUGACAAAUAAAGCAAAAAAAAAAAAAAAAAA